AUGGAUCCGGAGGUGAAGAAGAAGUUGCAAGUGAAAGCAGCCGUGGCCUAUGGGCGUGCAGCGCAGGCCGUCUUUCACUACAGCAUGGUCCCUGGUAUCUUUGCCUACGGACUCUGGUACUCAGGCGAGUUCACCCUCGAUCCUAUGACACUAUUCUUCAAAAUAAUCCUCGACUCCUAA